AAAUCCUUUACCCGUUGGGUUCCUUAAAAGCCAGUGCCCACGCAAUGGAGAGAGAAAGCAAUGGAAAAUAACGAAGACCCUUAGCUGACGCCCCUCCGCGGCGAUGAGGAGACGGAGAAAGAAAGAGUCACUUUCCUCCACUCCCUUACAUAUAUAUACCCCCAUAGAUAAACGAUCUAUACAUAACAAUCAGGAGUAAAAAACUUGCUCUACAAUCAUACAAUAUAUAGAUUUGUGUCAUAGAAGAGAGAGAGAGAGAGAUGGGGGGAUGGAGAGGAAUACUGGGUUUUGACUACGGAAUAGUGCAGGCACCAUUAGGACCCGACAUUUCUGGCCCGGAGCUAGUUGCUGCUGUCGCCAAUGCUGGUGGACUCGGUCUACUCAGAGCCCCCGACUGGGAGUCGCCAGAGUACUUGAGGGGUUUGAUAAGAAAGACCAGGACCUUGACCGAUAAACCAUUUGGGAUUGGUCUUGUUUUAGCAUUUCCCCACAGAGAAAAUCUAAAGGCCAUACUGGAUGAAAAGGUUGCUGUGUUGCAAGUUUACUGGGGUGAAUGUACGGAGGAGCUAGUCCUUGAAGCUCAUCAAGCCGGCGUAAAGGUUGUUCCCCAGGUUGGGAGCUUUGAAGAAGCGAAAAAAGCUAUUAAUGUUGGUGUAGAUGCGAUAAUUGUCCAAGGGCGGGAAGCAGGAGGGCAUGUAAUCGGGCAGGAUGCAUUAAUUUCGUUGGUGCCAAGACUAGUUGAUCUUGUUGGUGGUGGGGGCAUACCAGUAAUUGCUGCAGGGGGAAUUGUAGACGGACGUGGUUACGUUGCUGCUUUGGCCCUCGGUGCACAGGGUGUCUGUCUAGGCACUAGGUUUCUUGCAACGGAUGAAAGCAAUGCUCAUCCAACGUACAAGAGGAAGUUGCUUGAACUUGAGGAAACAGAAUACACAGAUGUAUUUGGUCGUGCAAGGUGGCCUGGAGCACCUCAGCGUGUCCUGAAGACACCUUUCUUUGCUCAAUUGACAACUCUUCCAAGUGAUGAAAAUGAGACCAAUCAACCGAUCAUUGGCCAUUCAACCAUUCAUGACAUGGAAAAAGAUAUUCGUCGUUUAGCCGGUACUGUUCCAAAUGCAACGGCAACGGGUGAUAUCGAGAGCAUGGCAAUGUAUGCUGGGCAAGGCGUGGGCCUCAUCAACGAAAUUUUACCCGCGCGCGAAGUGAUUGAGAGGCUUGUUGCGGAGGCUCAAUUCCUCAUCAGUCAUUUUUAGUUUUGAAAACCGCUGAUUCUCUCCCCCUGUCAUUAGCCUUUUGUUUUUUCUUUUUUUCUUUUUUUGUUGGUUGUUUGUAGAAGACUUGGAUCUUGUGAUAUAAUCUCAAACUCCUAUUGCUGAAAAGUGUUGAAAUUUCAUUAGGUCGUGUAAUGUACUUGAUGCUCUCCACAAAAAUUUCCUGUAAUGUUCAAUGAUUGAUUUCCUGAA